AUGUAUCACCUGGCCAAGUCGCUGUAUACGUACGCGACUAGCAAAGAAGAGUACUCCGUCCUCCUCUUGGGUCUGGACAAUGCCGGAAAGACUACGCUCCUCUCCCAGAUCAAGGCUCUCUAUCAACCCCGACCGGAAGGGUCACCUGUGCCGAACCCCGGCAAGACUGUUCCCACGGUUGGCCAGAAUGUCGCAACAAUCUCCUUGCCAGAUAUGAACCUGAAGAUCUGGGAUGUUGGAGGCCAGAUCUCGAUGCGUGGCCUUUGGCAGAGCUACUACACCAGCUGUCAUGCCAUAAUCUUCGUCGUCGACAGUGCCGACGUAGGUCAGGACGCCGACAUCACCCGGCUUCCAUCCACAUCCAGCAGACGCCCCAGCUCAGUCUCUGGCCCAUCACGAGGUAGUGUGGGCACUAGUGAUCAUUUUUCGCAGCAGGCAGUGGGAAUGAACUCUGGUGGAGGAGAUUUUGGGCGCCUCGAUGAAUGUCGAGAGGUCCUGGAGUCGGUACUGCAGAACACGGAUGUCGCUGGGGUGCCCAUCCUUGUCCUAGCCAAUAAACAGGAUCGGGAGGAUUGUGUCGAGGUAGUGCGCAUCAAGGAAGGCUUCAUCCGAAAGAUUUUUGAGGGGGAAACCGGAGGAGGUGUCCGCGACAGCCGCGUACUGCCGGUCAGUGCGCUGAUGGGUUCAGGAGUACAGGCUGCUGUUGAAUGGGUGCAAAGCCGUGUUAAAUGGAACAAAGAAGGCCGACCACCAGUGAUGCGCUAA